AACACUUACGUAUAAGGACCCAGCAACUUUAUUAUAUGUAACUUGAUAAACAAAGGAUGGGUCCUGACUAAGUGAAUUUCAUGAUAUCUCCUAGUUUAAAGAAAUGGGACCUUACGAGUUUCAACAAAAAGAAGAAAAAGCCAAUCUUACGUGGAAUAGUAACGACACCGUCACGUUCAUGACGAGACAAUUUUGGUUCUAUCAAGGCAAAAGAAAAGAUAGUUUACAAGAUCGAAUUGUCACCAUGAAUCCUAUUCCUCUGGUAGUGUCCUACAUAGUUCGAAACUGGAAUUACUACCUCAGAAAAAGUUUUUCCAUGGGAUUCUCUGCUUUUGCUAACCAGUUCUACAUGACCCAAACUGUUGGUAGUUUACUUUUUGACGGGUACCCAGAACCAUGGAUUAAAGUAGGUGCGACGUUACCAUUUCUUUCCCAGUAUAAUUUUCCACACUGGGAUCGAUACGCUUAUUUCUACAAAAGAAAUGGUACGACCGAAUACAAUGGUGUAUUAAAUAUGGGCACCGGAAAAACUACAAAACUGGGUGAAAUCUAUUACUGGAACUACCAGAAAAAGGCUCCCCACUAUGAUGAUUUGUGCGGACAGAUUACAGGAUCGCGUCAGCAGUUGUUUCCAAGAAAUUUACAAAAAACAUUUUUGUCAUACUUUCUGCCGGAUUUUGGGAGGCCUUUGAAAUUAGAUUUCGAAAAAAUUGAAACCGUUAACAAUAUUCUAGGUUACAAGUUCGUAAUUGGUGAAAGAGUACUGGAUAACGGAACUCGGUACCCUGAAAGUCAAUGUUCAUGUAACGGAGAAUGUGUUCCAUCUGGUACGUUUAACGCCACAAGUUUAAGUUGUAGUCUUCCUGCAUUUCUUUCUUUGCCUCAUUUUUAUAAAGCCGAUCCGUAUUACAUUAAUUUGGUGGAAGGUUUGAAGCCCGAAGCAAACAAACAUGACUCUUUUAUGAUAGUCGAACCUACUACUGGAGUACCGCUAAAAGCGCACUUUACACUACAGUUUAAUUUGUUAGUGCAACCUGUUCCAGGUGUAUCACUGUUUGAAAACGCACCGAAGUUUUUUCUUCCGGUCUGGUGGGCUGUAUAUUCUUACGAAGUACAAGGUUUGCUGCUAUUUGUCGUAAAGUCAUUGUUGUCUCUUCACGUCAUUCUUAAAUUAACUGGAGUUUGUAUGAUUGUGGUUGGUAUAUUUAUUCUAGUGACUACUGUGUCUAAAAGAAUCACAUAUCUUCGACAAAAAUAUAGAAAGUUGGAUCUUAUUGGAGAACAAGAAAUUGUACCGAGUUUAUUAUAUACUGAAGAAACAAUUUAAAGAUUAGAUUUUUAAUACCAAACUAAGAUGUUAAAAGAGAAUUUUGUAAUUGUGACAACAUUAAAAUCGAACUUUUGUUGUAUUUUU